CGCGCCCCGCGCCCGGGCCCGCACCGGGAUGGUGAACUUAGCGGCCAUGGUGUGGCGCCGGCUUCUGCCGAAGAGGUGGGUGCUUGCCCUGGUCUUCGGGCUCUCGCUCGUCUACUUCCUCACCAGCACCUUCAAGCAGGAAGAGAGGAUAAUGAGAGAUCGGAAUCUCCUCCAGGUUCAAGACCAUGAUCAGCCCAUCCCCUGGAAAGUGCAGUUUAACCUGGGCAAUAGCAGUCGACCAGGCAAUCAGUGCUGUAACUCCAUUCAAGGGAAGCACCUCAUCACAGAUGAACUAGGAUAUGUUUGUGAAAGGAAGGAUUUGCUGGUGAAUGGCUGCUGUCAUGUCAACAUGCCCAGCACAAAGCAAUACUGCUGCGAUGGCUGCUUGUCCAAUGGCUGCUGCAGCGCCUAUGAGUACUGCGUCUCCUGCUGUCUGCAGCCCAAUAAGCAACUUCUCCUGGAACGCUUCCUCAGCCGGGCAGCCAUGGCAUUCCAGAACCUCUUCAUGGCAGUGGAAGAUCACUUUGAAUUGUGUUUGGCUAAAUGCAGGACCUCAUCCCAGAGCGUCCAGCAUGAGAAUACCUAUAGGGAUCCUACAGCAAAGUAUUGCUACGGUGAGAGCCCUCCCGAGCUCUUCCCUGCGUGA